UGCUGAUGUCUCUGCGUAGUGCGUAUUCAGUGCAUGAUACAAAAAGGUAUUCAUAAUAUAAACAACGAUGGGGAUUCGUCAUCUGGAAACGUUUGUCCGGCAAAAUGUUCCCAAUGGAUAUUUUCAAAUCAACAUCGAAGAAGAAAUCAAGAAGUACACAAAUAACAAAAAUUCUCAAACCUUUGUUCCUCCGGUCAUCGUUAUCGAUUUAAUGUCCCUGUACUAUCCUGUGUGCCAGCUAGAUCUCGCUGGAUUACUCUGCGGGGGACGCUUUAAUAGGGCAGAAUAUGUGCUGGAUCAGUUUUACACAAGGCUAAAAAAUCUUAAUGUUACUUUGGCGUUUUAUUAUGACGGACCGGUUCAGGACACCAAAUAUGACACCUGGGCCACGCGUCAAGAUAAUAAGUAUCAGGACAUGAUGCAAAUUACAGAUGCAGUAAGGUCUAUGGAUCUUCGGGAUAUCGUAAAACGAUUCGCAAGAACUAUACCAUCGAACACCUUGUACCCGGUAAAACAAGUCGGGAUGAAAUAUGGCUCUUUGAGGACUGCAAUUGAUCGCGAAUGUGACCAAGAAUUGGCUGCUUAUGCGAACGCGGUUCGAGCAAUAGCUGUCAUUUCAAAUGACACGGAUUUUAUGAUCUUUGAAGGUGCUUGGCGAUAUUGGUCUUCUAAAGAUAUUGAUUUGGAAACUCUCACAACCUACGAGUAUAACCGUCCGGCCCUCGUUCAACAUUUACGUCUAAACUACAAACAGAUGCCCAUGUUUGCAACGCUAGGCGGAAAUGAUAUUAUCAAGUACGACGAAGUUAAACACUUUCACAAUACGUUAGGUCCGAGAAAUUUGAAUAAAUUUCACAAGUUGGCUAAUUUUGUGCGAAAUAUUCCAAUCGGCGAACGUCUCCAGACCGUGCUGUCUCGGGUAUUUGGAAGGGUAGCAAUAAAUGAUGAUUUGAUCUAUCGUUUCCAGAAGAGUUUAGAGUUUUACGACACUAAUUAUCCUGCACCAGAGCCAGGUUCAAAAGUUGAUCCUGUACUAGAACAAAUUAUAAAUUUGGAAAAUACAUUCAUCUAUCAACUUUGGGUCGGACAUCCAGUAAAUGUUACAACGUUCUUUUUGGAUAUGCGCCAACCGGAACUAGGUGCACAAUUUCCAAAUAUUGCUCUAGAAGUAGUGCUGCGACAGGCAGGCGUCAUCCUAUAUCAUCAUCAAUUGUUACCCAAUAGCUCUACCUGCAGUGUAGUCAUCAAACUCAAUCAUGAUGCCGGUCAUUCCCUUCAAGAAUAUCCAGUCGUGUUUCCGAAACACAUCGCACCACCACCGUUGCUUGAUUUACUGUCAACAAAUCCGGAAGUUCGUGCCAGUCUGCACGACACGAAGAUGAGACUUUAUUGUUGGAUUGUAUCCGACACUCUAGACAUUCGACUACUUCAACAGGUUCCAGCCGCCUUACGGGAGACCGUAGUUACUGUCUAUUUUCUGCUUGAGAAAAAAAUAAUCAAAUUAUUCGAAGGAGACCUGUUUUUACGGGUGGCUUUCGAUGUGCACUUCAAAACCUACAAUUUCGACCAGAUUCCAUAUCCUAAGAAACUUGAUUACCGCGCAUUUCAUGUGUCUUUUAUGUUCAUCAAGUUUUACACGCACUUUGCUAAGGCCUUCAAAGCACUGAACAUAGAAGUAAAGGAUUUACUCGAAUGUCCAAAAUAUGACGGCGUAUUGUUUCAUAACAUGUACGCUAAUUGGCAACAAGGGUUAAAUGACUUGGAACAAAUUCAGCAGUGGCGAAUAUAUAAAGAUUUGGCGAACAAUUAAAAAAGUUUAACUUUAAAAAUUCAUUAUAAAAGAACAAAAAUGAAUUCUGUAUAUAAGUGCGAUUCUGAAAUGGAUUGAAAAAUAAAGUUCAAAUAUUUUAUAUUUACUUAUCUUCGGUUUGCGGUAAACGUAUUUCUUGCGUCUUGUAGAAUAAUACUGAUGUUCCGGUUUGACUCAACGUUAUUGUAUAUAUUUCGAUACUAACUUCUGAUAAGUGAACUGAUACAAAUUUUCGCACGGCAAUCUGAUUGCACCGGUCUUACAAGUCAUUUUUCGUAUGUUCGAGCUCCGAACACAGAU